AUGGCAAGAUCCAGCGCUUCCUGGCACAGCGCUUGGCUCCUUCCCCAGACGUGCUCUCCCGCUUUCGGUUGGAGCCUGCCUUUCCAAGACGGGGGAGUAACCUCUGGCAGAGUACCGGGGUUGGUCCCUCCGCGCAGCCGGCGGGAGGGGGGAGGGUGUCCCAAAGCAGCGGCUUCAGCUGUGCACAAGGUAGCACGGGAAAUCUCAAGUAGUGUUAUUUGUGACACGAGGGCGGGACAAGAGGUCUGCUUUCCUAAGAGAAGGCUUCGCGUCCGUCUGCAGCAGGCGACAGUCCCGGGCGCCACCUGCGCUUCGGGCGCGGGCCGGGCCGCACCAGGGACUCAGGCCCCAAUCACUGCUUCCUCAAGGGUGGGCGAGCUCCCGCCGAGCCGCAGCCCCGCCCCCCACUACCUGGCGGCUGCGGGGUUGCAGCGCACAGCGCCCCGCGCGGCCCCCGCGGAGCCCCUGCCCUCCCACCUGCGCCGCGCGCGCCCGCCGCUCCGCGGAAGCGGCGCGCCCGCAGCGGGCGCGGGGCUGCUGCGGGAGACUGGCAGCGCGGGCCGCGAGCGCGCGGACUGGCGGCGGCGGCAGCUGCGCAAAGUGCGGAGUGUGGAGCUGGACCAGCUGCCGGAGCAGCCGCUCUUCCUCACCGCCUCGCCGCCCUGCCCAUCUACUUCCCCGUCGCCGGAGCCCGCGGACGCGGCUGCAGGAGCGAGUGGCUUCCAGCCCGCGGCGGGACCGCCACCCCCGGGCGCGGCGAGUCGCUGCGGCUCCCACUCUGCCGAGCUGGCGGCCGCGCGGGACAGCGGCGCCCGGAGCCCCGCGGGGGCCGAGCCGCCCUCUGCAGCGGCCCCCUCCGGUCGCGAGAUGGAGAAUAAAGAAACCCUCAAAGGACUGCACAAGAUGGAGGACCGCCCCGAGGAGCGGAUGAUCAGGGAGAAGCUCAAGGCGACCUGUAUGCCAGCCUGGAAGCACGAGUGGCUGGAAAGGCGGAACAGGAGAGGCCCUGUGGUGGUGAAACCAAUCCCUAUUAAAGGUGAUGGAUCUGAAAUGAAUAACUUGGCAGCUGAGCCCCAGGGAGAGGGCCAGGCAGGCUCUGCUGCUCCAGCCCCCAAGGGCCGACGUAGCCCGUCUCCUGGCAGCUCCCCUUCAGGACGCUCAGUGAAGCCGGAGUCCCCAGGAGUGAGACGGAAACGAGUGUCUCCGGUGCCUUUCCAGAGUGGCAGAAUCACACCACCCCGAAGAGCCCCGUCACCAGAUGGCUUCUCACCGUACAGCCCAGAGGAGACGAGUCGCCGAGUGAACAAAGUGAUGAGGGCCAGGCUGUACCUCCUGCAGCAGAUAGGACCCAACUCUUUCCUGAUUGGAGGAGACAGCCCAGACAAUAAAUACCGGGUGUUUAUUGGGCCACAGAAUUGCAGCUGUGGGCGCGGGACAUUCUGUAUUCACCUCUUGUUUGUCAUGCUCCGGGUGUUUCAACUAGAACCGUCUGACCCCAUGUUAUGGAGAAAAACUUUAAAAAAUUUUGAGGUUGAGAGUUUGUUCCAGAAAUACCACAGUAGGCGUAGCUCGAGAAUCAAAGCUCCAUCUCGGAACACCAUCCAGAAGUUUGUCUCACGCAUGUCAAACUGUCACACAUUGUCAUCGUCUAGCACAUCCACAUCUAGUUCAGAAAACAGCAUCAAGGAUGAAGAGGAGCAGAUGUGUCCCAUCUGCCUGUUGGGCAUGCUGGAUGAGGAGAGCCUGACGGUGUGUGAAGACGGCUGCAGGAACAAGCUGCACCACCACUGCAUGUCAAUCUGGGCAGAAGAAUGCAGAAGAAACAGAGAGCCUUUAAUAUGCCCCCUUUGUCGAUCUAAGUGGAGGUCCCACGACUUCUACAGCCACGAGUUAUCAAGCCCCGUGGAUUCCCCUGCCUCCCUGCGAACUGUACAGCAGCCGUCCUCUCCGCAGCAGCCUGUGGCCGGGUCACAGCGGAGGACUCAGGAAAGCAGUUUCAACCUCACUCACUUUGGAACCCAGCAGAUUCCUCCCGCUUACAAAGACGUAGCCGAGCCAUGGAUUCAGGUGUUUGGAAUGGAACUCGUUGGCUGCUUAUUCUCUAGAAACUGGAACGUAAGGGAGAUGGCCCUUAGGCGUCUUUCCCACGAUGUUAGUGGGGCCCUGUUGUUGGCAAACGGGGAGAGCACUGGAAAUUCUGGAGGCGGCAGUGGGGGCAGCUUGAGUGCUGGAGCGGCCAGCGGGUCCUCCCAGCCCAGCAUCUCAGGGGAUGUGGUGGAGGCGUGCUGCAGCGUCCUGUCUAUAGUCUGCGCUGACCCUGUCUACAAAGUGUAUGUUGCUGCUUUAAAAACAUUGAGAGCCAUGCUGGUAUACACUCCUUGCCACAGUCUGGCAGAAAGAAUCAAACUUCAGAGGCUCCUCCGGCCGGUUGUAGACACCAUCCUAGUCAAGUGUGCAGAUGCCAAUAGCCGCACAAGUCAGCUGUCCAUAUCAACACUGCUGGAGCUCUGCAAGGGCCAAGCAGGAGAGUUGGCAGUCGGAAGAGAAAUACUUAAAGCUGGAUCCAUUGGUGUUGGUGGUGUUGAUUAUGUCUUAAGUUGUAUUCUUGGAAACCAAGCUGAGUCAAACAACUGGCAAGAACUCCUGGGUCGCCUCUGUCUUAUAGACAGAUUGCUGUUGGAAUUUCCUGCUGAAUUUUAUCCUCAUAUUGUCAGUACUGAUGUCUCACAAGCUGAGCCUGUUGAAAUCAGGUAUAAGAAGCUGCUGUCCCUCUUAACCUUUGCCUUGCAAUCCAUUGACAAUUCCCACUCGAUGGUUGGCAAACUCUCUCGCAGGAUAUAUCUGAGCUCUGCAAGAAUGGUGACUGCAGUGCCUGCCAUGUUUUCCAAGCUGGUAACCAUGCUGAAUGCUUCUGGCUCCACCCACUUCACCAGGAUGCGCCGGCGUCUGAUGGCCAUUGCAGAUGAGGUAGAAAUUGCCGAAGUCAUCCAGCUGGGUGUGGAAGACACUUUGAAUGGCCAACAGGACAGCCCACAGUCACUGGCCUCUACCUGCUAUCCAGAGAGCAGCUCCCUUGAGCACGCAGUCCAUAUAGAGAAAACUGGAAAAGGAUUAAGUGCUACAAGACUGAGUGCCAGCUCAGAGGACAUUUCUGACAGACUGGCUGGCAUUUCUGUAGGACUUCCUAGUUCAACAACAACAGAACAACCAAAGCCAAUGGUUCAAACAAAAGGCAGACCCCACAGUCAGUGUUUGAACUCGUCUCCUUUGUCUCAUCCUCAGUUAAUGUUUCCAGCAAUGUCAACCCCUUGUUCCUCUGCCCCAUCUGUCCCAGCUGGCUCUGUUACAGAUGUUUCUAAGCACAGACCUCAGGCAUUCGUUCCCUGCAAAAUACCUUCUGCAUCUCCUCAAACACAGCGCAAGUUUUCUCUACAAUUCCAGAGAACCUGCUCUGAAAACCGAGACUCAGAUAAACUCUCCCCAGUCUUUACUCAGUCAAGACCCCCACCCUCCAGUAACAUACACAGGCCAAAGCCAUCUCGACCAGUUCCAGGCAGUACAAGCAAACUAGGGGACACCUCAAAAAAUAGCAUGACACUUGACCUGAACAGUGCUUCCAAGUGUGACGACAGCUUUGGUAGUAGCAGCAAUAGUGGCAGUGCCGUCAUACCCAGUGAUGAGACAGUGUUCACCCCAGUAGAGGACAAGUGCAGGUUAGAUGUCAACACUGAGCUCAACUCCAGUAUCGAGGACCUUCUUGAAGCAUCUAUGCCUUCGAGUGACACUACAGUCACUUUCAAGUCCGAGGUCGCUGUCCUCUCUCCUGAAAAGGCUGAAAAUGAUGAUACCUACAAAGAUGACGUCAGUCAUAAUCAAAAGUGCAAAGAAAAGAUGGAAGCUGAAGAGGAGGAGGCUUUAGCAAUUGCCAUGGCAAUGUCAGCGUCUCAGGAUGCCCUCCCCAUAGUUCCUCAGCUGCAGGUUGAAAAUGGAGAAGAUAUUAUCAUCAUCCAGCAGGAUACACCAGAAACUCUUCCAGGACACACCAAAGCGAAACAGCCAUACAGAGAAGACACGGAAUGGCUGAAAGGCCAGCAGAUAGGCCUGGGAGCAUUUUCCUCUUGUUACCAAGCACAGGAUGUGGGGACUGGAACCCUAAUGGCUGUGAAACAGGUGACUUACGUCAGAAACACAUCCUCCGAGCAGGAGGAAGUGGUGGAAGCGUUGAGGGAAGAGAUCAGGAUGAUGAGCCACCUCAACCAUCCAAACAUCAUCAGGAUGCUGGGGGCAACGUGUGAGAAGAGCAACUACAACCUCUUCAUCGAGUGGAUGGCAGGAGGAUCUGUGGCUCAUCUCCUGAGUAAAUACGGAGCUUUUAAGGAGUCGGUCGUCGUUAACUACACUGAGCAGUUACUCCGCGGCCUUUCAUAUCUCCACGAGAACCAGAUCAUUCACAGAGACGUCAAAGGUGCCAAUCUGCUCAUUGACAGCACCGGUCAGAGGCUGAGAAUUGCAGACUUUGGAGCUGCUGCCAGGUUGGCAUCAAAAGGAACCGGUGCAGGAGAGUUCCAGGGACAGUUGCUGGGAACAAUUGCAUUCAUGGCACCUGAGGUCCUGAGAGGUCAGCAGUACGGUAGGAGCUGUGACGUGUGGAGUGUUGGCUGUGCCAUUAUAGAAAUGGCUUGUGCAAAACCUCCUUGGAACGCAGAAAAGCACUCCAAUCAUCUUGCUUUGAUAUUUAAGAUUGCUAGUGCAACUACUGCACCAUCCAUCCCGUCUCAUCUGUCCCCGGGUCUGCGCGAUGUGGCUCUGCGGUGUUUAGAACUUCAGCCUCAGGACAGACCUCCGUCAAGAGAGCUUCUAAAGCAUCCUGUCUUUCGUACCACGUGGUAGUUAAUUGUUCAGAUCAACUAUAAUGGAGACAGGAUGUGCAACAAGGAGAGAGAGAAAAGAACUCGUGGGCAACCACAUUGAUAAUCCGCUGGCCUUCAUGCCACUGAACAGCUAGAAGUGAGGCCAGCGGAGAACCGUACCUAAGUAUGUGAUUGACAAAUCAUGGCCUGUACCUAAGUUCAGUAUGCAAACAGCUACAACUUGUGCAGAACUGUAAACCGUGCCUUUCACAGGACUGGCUCUAGGUGAGCAGGAAGGCGAUGGAGUUUGCAUGAUUAAAUGACAGAAGCAUACGUUUAUUUUUGGAGCACUUUUUCAGCAAUAUUAGCAGCUGAGGGCUCAGGAUCUGUUUUAAUGUGUCACUUCUUUCAUUUCAGCUAGCGGUCACAGCGGGGGGGCUCUGAGAGGCCGGUUGGGGUUUUUAGGGUUUUGUUUUUGUCACUGGCUGUAAAAAAAAAAAAAAAGAGAAAAGAAAAAUCAGUGUCUGGCUCCUUCAGGUCAGAGUAUGCUAUGAGUAGCAGUAAAUACAUGUGUUUUUAAAAGUUAAUAACUUCUUUAUGACUCACAGUUGACCUUUUGUUGUUGUUGAACUCCUGGUUUAUUGUGGUUCAUUGUGCAUUUUACUGUUGGCCCAGUCAUUUCUGGUUGUUUUUUUUUUUUUUUUUGGAAAAUAUGGUUCUGUAUUUUCACUUCACCUUCAUUUGUGUUGAAUAUUCAGGGAAAGGUUAUCUCUUCAAACCAGAAAAAAAAAAAGACAUAGAAGUAGGUGUGUAGUGGUUUAUUAAGACUGUGCCUAUUGCAAGAGUUCUGUUUUCUUCUAUUGGCAUAUGGUGAAGUGCUGGCUACAUCGACUCUGCCCUCACUGUUUGGGUUAAGUAGAAACUCACUUAGGAGUCAGCUGUUCUCAGAUGCAGCUCACAAGGCAGGGCAAAAUUGUCUGAAAGUUAGGUGAAUUAUUUCAUAUUACUUUGCUAGUCUGUAGGAAGUUCACACCAUUUAAAUCUUCCUCUUUGUAACAAUCCAUCAUUCUUCAUCCACUGACUAUAAUGUAACUACUGUUUUCCUUCUGCCAUGCAUGAUGUUUUUAUACUAGACUGGACUGAUAAACUCAUUUCCUCAUCUACCAAUUGGUAACGUUUUCAAACAAAUACUAAAUUUGCUCUGCAUUUAGGAAAUGCUCAGAAAGAACAGUGAAGUUGAAUUUCAUUUACACACUAAUUCCUGACAUUUGCACAACUAUUUGUCUUAGCCUCAAGUUGAAUUCAGAUGCAUGGAAUCAUGAAGGAAAACGGUAGCCCUUUGUAUGUGUGUCUUUCAAAUCAAGUACUGAUUAGCUAUUAAAUAUAACUUUGAGAUGUUAAGUUUUAACUCUUCAGAAGCCAGUGUGAAAUAGAAUUGGUUAUUCUCAAAGACUCAGGAUAAACUAAAUAAGCUAUAUAUAUAUGCAGUACAUUUGGAAUGUACAACAGAAAUUGGAAGUAAAAUAAGUUCCAAGAUAAGUUUACAGGGAUAUACUGCAAAUAAUUUUCAAAGGCAGUUUCAUGUGAAUGUGCUUCUUAGUGAAAUUUUACAUUCCUUUGUUUUGGAAGAUUGGCAAUCUUUGAAGAGUUAAACAUAAUACAGAAAUGUGAAGUUUGUUAAUGCUAAAUGUAUUGUACUUGACAUUUUCCUUUUUAUUUUUACUUUUGACUACUUAGAAUUUUCACAAUUCUAGUAAAAUUGUUUCCAAGUCUCAUGUGCAAGCUUUAAAGGACGCACUCUUGCCAUUCCAUGUACUGGAAGAUCAUUGGUCAGAUUAGCGCUGUGUCUGACAGAGAUGUAAACUGUAUAAACUGAGGAACCUCAGCUAAUCAGUAUUACUGCAUACAUCAACAUGCCCGCCACAUUUCAAACUCGAACUCCCCCAGAUGUCAAGAUCCACUGUGUUUGAGUUUGUUUGCAGUUCCCUCAGCUUGCUGGUAAUUGUGGUGUUUUGUUUUCGAUGCAAAUGUGAUGUAAUAUUCUUAUUUUCUUUGGAUCAAAGCUGGACUGAAAAUUGUAUUGUGUAAUUAUUUUUGUGUUUUUAAUGUUAUUUGGUACUCAAGUUGUAAAUAACGUCUACUGCUGUUUAUUCCAGUUUCUACUACCUCAGGUGUCCUAUAGAUUUUUCUUCUACCAAAGUUCACUCUCACAAUGAAAUUCUAUGUGCUGUGUGACUAUGAUUCCUAAGACUUCCAGGGCUUAAGGGCUAACUCCUAUUAGCACCUUACUAUGUAAACAAAUGCUACAAAAAAAAAAACAACAAAAAAAAAAAACAACAAAAAAAACACCUCUGGUUAAGAAAAUUUGGCUUAAAUGUAUCCUUUGUUAUAUUUUAAAUAUAUCAAGAUAUUUUAAUUAAAAUUUUUACCCCUUUGAACCAAUUUUAUAGUAUUUGUACCUAUUUUGGUGUUUUGUCUUUAUAGUAAAUAAAAGUUUUUGAACAAAA